AACUCAUUUUGCUUCAUCCAAGAAGUCAUAAAGCCAAAAGCACUUUGGUGUUGAUUCUGCAAAAGGGUCACACAAGACAACAACCAGUGAGCAUAAUGAGAACUUCCUUGGUUUUCUUGUUACUUCUUACAUGCUUGCUGGUUGUUGAAAAUGUCCAAUGCAAACCAAACUAUAGAGAAGCUUUGGCUAAAUCCUUAUUGUUUUUUCAAGGCCAGAGGUCAGGAAGGCUCCCUCCUGACCAACAAAUCAAAUGGAGAUCCAAUUCUGGCAUGUCCGAUGGUCGCCUUGCCAAUGUGGAUUUAACAGGAGGCUAUUAUGAUGCAGGAGACAAUGUUAAAUUCAAUUUUCCAAUGGCAUUCACAACAACAAUGCUAUCAUGGAGCACAAUUGAAUAUGGAAAGAGAAUGGGACCACAAAUGAAAGAAGCAAGAGCUGCAAUUCGCCACGCGACAGAUUAUCUCCUCAAAUGUGCAACAUCAACACCUGGAAGACUCUAUGUUGGUGUUGGAGAUCCAAAUGUUGAUCACAAAUGUUGGGAAAGACCAGAAGAUAUGGACACUGUUAGAACUGUUUAUUUCGUAUCUUCAAAGAAUCCCGGUUCUGAUGUUGCCGCUGAAACCGCUGCUGCACUUGCUGCGGCGUCUAUUGUUUUUAGAAAAGUUGAUCCAACUUAUUCUAAGCUUUUGUUGAGGACUGCACAAAAGGUUUAUCAGUUUGCUUUGCAGUAUCAAGGUUCAUACAGUGAUUCACUUGGUUCAGCUGUUUGUCCAUUUUAUUGCUCAUAUUCUGGAUUCAAGGAUGAACUAUUGUGGGGAGCUGCAUGGCUUUUUAGAGCAACAAAUGCUGUUAAAUACUACAAUUUGGUUAAGUCUUUGGGAGCUGAUGAUCAACCUGAUAUCUUCAGCUGGGAUAACAAAUAUGCUGGUGCACAUGUCCUUCUCUCAAGGAGAGCAUUGUUGAAUGGUGAUAAGAACUUUGAUCAAUAUAGGCAAGAAGCUGAUAAUUUCAUGUGCAAGAUCUUGCCCAAUUCACCCUCUUCAACUACACAGUAUACACAAGGGGGACUCAUGUUCAAGUUACCUGCAAGCAAUCUUCAGUAUGUGACAUCUAUAACAUUCUUACUUACAACCUACUCCAAGUAUAUGGCAGCUACAAAGCAUACAUUUAACUGUGGUGGCGUCUUUGUCACUCCAAAUACCUUAAGAACUGUUGCGAAAAGACAGGUAGACUAUAUAUUAGGUGAAAAUCCACUUAGAAUGUCCUAUAUGGUAGGUUAUGGUCCAUAUUUUCCCAAGAGAAUUCACCACAGAGGAUCUUCAUUGCCUUCACUAUCAGUUCAUCCACAGACAAUAGGAUGUGAUGGAGGUUUCAAUCCGUUUUUCCAUUCAAUGAAUCAGAACCCUAAUAUAUUGGUUGGAGCCAUAGUUGGAGGUCCAAACCAAAACGAUGGAUUUCCGGAUGACCGUGGUGAUUAUAGUCAUUCAGAACCAGCAACUUACAUCAAUGGUGGGAUUGUUGGACCUUUAGCGUACUUUGCUGGUAACAAUUAAUGUUAGAUUUGACUUUGAUAGCAAGGUUAAAAACAGAAAUCUGCUAUCAAAGUGUAGAUACUAUCUCAUCUCUACCCAACAAAGGGAUGUCUACCAAAUCAAAAACAGAUGGUGGUGGACUAUGAAGGGAGCAGUGUUCUUUUUCAGUCUUUGAUACAAAAAAUAUAUAGCUUUUAGUAAUCUUAAAUGUAAUCCAACAUCUUUACUAUGUUUUACACUACAUGGUGUAUCAUAGCACCCAAAAAACUUAUGUAAUCACUUAUUAAAAUGAAAUAGCUUCAUCCAUCUUUGCAUU